AUGAAAUUUCACACAACUGUGUCGGCUCUUGUUCUCGCACUCGUUCCGGCCUUGAUCAACAGUGCGCCGACGCCUGAAGCAAAGGCUAAAUGGGUCAAGAGUGGUCGAGGCCAUAGAGUCAUACCACAUGACUCACGGCAGGCCAAGCGUCAGUAUUUGAACAACACAAGUCCCGAGGCCCCUGUUUGCGGUGAUGCUGCAGUACCUGUUACUGCACCGGUCCCCAAUGUCUGGGAAGGCUUCACUGACGAGGAAGCUGCAUCCGUGGCCUAUUGGCUCUUUGAGCAGUCGGAUCUGAACUUGACAACAAGCGAGGAGGCUGGAGAAUGGGAUAACUCUGUCUUGCUUAUUGAGCUGCAACGCCCAAACAAGACCGAUGUGGUUGCCUACCUCGAUGGGUCCGGUCCGGCUCCUGAGCGCUACGCACAUGUCGUUCUCAACGUCCGAGCAACCGAAGAACCUUACUAUGCAGAUAUUCUAGUCGGCCCGCUACCUGUAGUGGCCAAUGUCACAACAUGGUCGCCCCUUGACUAUUAUCACACGCGGAAGACUCAAGGUCGAGUGCGGAACCUCGGUGCAAAUGAUGAUACACUUUACGAGAAGCUCCUCUACCCUGCAAGCGCAUCUAUCAAAGACAUCACCCUCGAGCUCUGGAGUGGGACUGCGCUUGGCCACGAUAAUGACACGAUCACUAUUUGGGGUGUGGAUCCAAUGGGUCAAGAGGACGAUCGCAUUACCAGCUGGUACAUGUUCGUUCACAAGAGCGCAACGGGCUUUGAUACCACUUCAAUCCUUUCUCUUGGCUUGUAUUUCCUGGUCGACCAAACCGGCAGAGAUCCGUCUCAAUGGAAGCUCCUCGGCUGGUUUUACAACAACGUAUGGUACGACUCUACCGAGGCUUUUAGAGAUGCGUUCUUUAGUCCUGGUUUCGAGAAGCUGCCGAUCAAUAUUGAUGGGCCUUGGGCUAGCACCGACCAAAGUGGUCCUCUUCUUCCGCAUGAUACCUUGUCUCCUCCAAUGGCCAUAGCACCGGCUGGGUCACGUUACUCUGUUGAUGUGGAGGAAAAGUACGUUGAGUGGAUGGACUUCAGCUUUUACGUGGGGUUCUCGCGUGACACCGGUCUUACACUUUACGACAUCAAGUAUAAGGGCGACCGGAUCAUAUAUGAACUGGGACUACAAGUGAGUACUAUAUCCCCUGACAACUAUCCUCAGCAGCGUCAUAGCACCACAACAUACGUAUCAGCCACGAAAAACACUUACUUCAGCCUCCGAUCUGUCUCAACGGUCGGAAACUAUGACUACAUGUUCACUUAUUCCUUCUACCAGGACGGCACGGUAGGCGUUGAGGUACGCGCCUCGGGAUAUAUCCAAGGGGCGUACUAUGCCAACAAUGAGGACUACGGUUGGCACAUUCACGACGCACUGAGUGGCUCGAUGCACGACCAUGUCCUUAACUUCAAGGCUGAUUUCGAUAUACUAGGCACGGCCAAUACUGUGCAGCUCGUCAAGAAUGUGGCCACAACCGAGACAUACCCGUGGUCCCAGGGCAAGCCGCGCAACACGAUGAAACUGCAAAGAAGCUUCAUCGAGAGCGAAGAUGACUCUCGCAUCAACUAUGGCGAGAACGCUUUAACGCAAGUCAUCAUUGUUAAUCAAGAUGAGGUGAACAAGUACGGCGAGAAGCGAGGCUACCGCAUCCUACCAUCGUCAGGCACGGCUCAUCUCACCGUCCAGAACUCUUCUUCGACUGUCAAUUCAGCGAACUGGGCUGGCUACGACCUUCAGUUCACCAAGCAACACGACACCGAACUCACCAGCUCGCAUCCCUACAACUCGCAGGAUGUCCAGAAUCCGCCGAUUAAUUUCGACCAUUUCUUCGACGGUGAGAGCCUCGUUCAGGAAGACCUCGUCGCGUGGAUCAACCUUGGUAUGCAUCAUGUUCCUCAUACAGGAGAUCUGCCAAACACGGUGUUCACAACCGCACACUCAGGUGUGCAGUUCAUGCCCUUGAACUACCUGCUAGGAGAUGCUAGUCGCCAGACUGUUAACCAGGUUCGCAUCAACUAUGACGCAGGCCAUGUGUCCGGGGUGGAGACUUUCGGUCAGAAAGAUAACGUGUGUCCGUUGAAUAAUGAGAUUGGAGAUGUCAAUCAGGAGCUUUGGGAGUAUGUGGGUGAUGUGGUGGUGAGGAAGUAUCCGUUUGACCCGAAUCAUCCGUUUGAGGAGGUGUUGGGGAUUGAGAAGUAG